GGGUGACGUGAAAAGACGCGCCCUCCGGGUCACUUUCCUUCCCACCCAGGUCCAUGUACCGACCCUCUGGCCGGCCCGGCCUGGGCACUGCCUCCCGGGUGGGCCGGGCCGUGGGAGGGCCGGUGCGGGGUCGCCAGGUUGCCUCCUGUGUUCCCUCGCCCGUGGGCCUGGCCUCGGCCCUGGAGCUCAGGAACCUGCAUUUUACCAGCGGCCGGAAGCUCCCAGGUCCCCCACUGUAGGCUGCGCUUAGCCCAGAGCUCUUCCUGCUCUGAGUGUUGUGUGGAGCUGUAACCCGUCCGCCUGCAUCUCCCUGCUGCUCGGUGGGCCUCGGAGCCAUGGCAACGGAGGAGAAGAAGCCAGAGACGGAGGCUGCCCGAGCGCAGCCCACCCCCUCGUCGUCGGCCACGCAGAGCAAGCCUACACCUGUGAAGCCAAACUAUGCUCUCAAGUUCACCCUGGCCGGCCACACGAAGGCCGUGUCCUCCGUGAAAUUCAGCCCCAACGGGGAGUGGCUGGCGAGUUCGUCUGCAGAUAAACUCAUUAAAAUUUGGGGUGCCUAUGAUGGGAAAUUUGAGAAAACAAUAUCUGGUCACAAGCUGGGAAUAUCAGAUGUGGCCUGGUCCUCAGAUUCUAACCUCCUUGUUUCUGCCUCAGAUGAUAAAACCCUAAAGAUAUGGGAUGUGAGCUCGGGAAAGUGUCUGAAAACCCUGAAGGGACACAGUAAUUACGUCUUUUGCUGUAACUUCAACCCGCAGUCUAACCUCAUUGUCUCAGGCUCCUUCGAUGAGAGCGUGAGGAUAUGGGACGUGAAGACGGGGAAGUGCCUCAAGACGCUGCCUGCGCACUCGGACCCGGUCUCCGCCGUCCACUUCAACCGUGACGGGUCCCUGAUCGUGUCCAGCAGCUACGACGGGCUCUGCCGGAUCUGGGACACCGCCUCUGGCCAGUGCCUGAAGACGCUGAUCGAUGACGACAACCCCCCGGUGUCCUUCGUCAAGUUCUCUCCGAACGGCAAGUACAUCCUGGCGGCGACCUUGGACAACACCCUGAAACUCUGGGACUACAGCAAAGGGAAGUGCCUGAAGACGUACACCGGGCACAAGAACGAGAAAUACUGCAUAUUUGCGAACUUCUCCGUGACGGGGGGGAAGUGGAUCGUCUCCGGCUCGGAAGACAACCUGGUGUACAUCUGGAACCUGCAGACCAAGGAGAUUGUGCAGAAGCUGCAGGGCCACACAGACGUCGUCAUCUCGACGGCGUGCCACCCGACGGAGAACAUCAUCGCCUCGGCCGCGCUGGAGAACGACAAGACCAUCAAGCUCUGGAAGAGCGACUGCUAGGCCCGCGCCGGGCCCGGAGGCUACCGAUUGGCAGGGGCGGAGCCCGGGGUUCCCCUGAUCCAGGCUGGGGAUGGGGGCGGGGCCUGGACCCCUCUGAGGACCAUUAGGCCGAGGGGAGAGGUCCCACCAGAAAGUUCUAGAAGGUGACGUUCUUGCCAGUUCCUCUGGCUGGGAGGAGUUCCCAGUCUCUUGUGUUCCGUCAACAAGACUUGUCAUUUUUGUUUCAGAAGGUGAGCCAAGUUCAGUUUAUCGCCGUUUCCCCGGAAAUGUUCUGUGCUGUUUUUGCUGUGUUAUUGCCCGUGCCAGGCUGUGACCGGUCGCCUCCGCAGUCCGGGCUGGCCAGUCGGCACUGCCCGACACGGUCGCACGGCGCCGGCCCUGCCUGUAGUCGUUCCCGUGUGGGUGUCUGGAACCCAGACCCUGUGAGGCUGUGUCUGUGAACUCGUGCUCGGGGGCUCGGUGCCGGUGUGUGGAGUCCACGCAACACGCCGCGCCUCAGGCCGGACGCAGAGGCCCUGGGCUGGCGUGGCCGCGGCCCCGGGCACCUCGUCCCUGCGUGUUGCAGGUGAGCGGACUUGGUCCAGGACUGGGCCUGCACUUUAACCCUGUGCACGGGGCGGGGACGAGCUCUCCGGGAGGCUAGCUGAGACGGCGCCCGCCCUGAAACGUCCUGCUGAAUGUUGCGGAUGGCUCUCGGGGCGGCUGGGGUGCAGGAGGCCCCGGCACCUCAGUUCCCGGCGCAGGCUCUCCUCCGAGGGACCAGCUGGUGGCUGGCCUCUUGCUGGCCUGCGGACCGGCAGGCUUCUUGGAGGCCUUGGCGGCAGGGAGCAGAGUGUCUGUCAUCCACCUGCCUGGCCCUCCCGGCCAUCCCAGCCCGGGCAGCAGCGGGCAUGAGGCCAGGGCUGCAGAGCAGUUUUGUGGCAGUGGCUGGUUCCUGGGGACCCCUGCAUGUAGCAAGGCCCCCCCCCCCCCAACCCCCCCGCCCUGGGUUCGAACCCAGUCUGCAGCACUGAGACCUUCGGGGGAGGCGUGAGGGAGGUGCGGUCCCACCGCGGCUGGGUGAGCUGACGGCUGACAUCCAUUCACAGCCUGGGUCUCGGCCCCUGCUCUCCUGAGGCCCGGGCCCUGGUUUUGGGGUUCGGGACGGUGCCAAGUGGUGGAUGGGCUGUUAAGAAGUGGGGGCCACCCUCAGACAGGCCUCCUGGGAACCCCCUGGUGGCCACUGGCACAGGGCGAGUGUGACAGUUCUGAAGGCACCUGGGGCGGCAGCCACAGGGUCCUUGGAAGUGAGCGUGCUCGUGGCUUGUCCGUCUGGGGUGAACGGCCGCAGGGAGAGGGCGAUGGCUCGCCGGCCGGCUCGGAGCAUCCUGACAGGAGAGCCGAGGCCCGGGGCUUGGCUGCGGCUCCCGAGGGAGGUCGUUCCGUGUUUUGUUGUUCUGGGGUCUGUUUGCCCCGGGAGGAGGGGUCUGUGCGGAGCACCGUGUCCCGAAUAUAGUGUAUUUUUUCUACAUGGAAUUCUCUGUUGUAGAUUUAUGUAAAAACACAUUCACUUUUUGGAAAUAAAGAUUUUCAUGUCUUGUA